GUUAGUGGGGAUUUUUCUUGUUGAGUGUAAAACCCUAACAAAAUCUCAAUCACCAAAACGAUGAAGCGAGUUUGGAGAUUCACUUCAGACGCAGUAGCGCAAGCCGAACACUUCUGCUUCCACUCCCAUGGCAUCCCUAACCCUAAACCUAAUAUUCCGUCCUUUACUACCACCACUGCCGCAUUCACAUCGCCUGGCCUCACUCGCCGCCACUGCACCUCCGGUACCCCUCCUCCUCCUCACCCGCUUCAAGAUAUUACUCCCCUCUUCAUCGAGAAACGCAGGCUUCCGUUCGGAGAGGAUCUCAUCAAUAAAGCAUCGGUUUUGAAGAACCAACUGGUUCUCGAAGCCUCGGAUUCCAAUCGGGUAAUUGAGAUCCUCGAUGAGAACUCUGCAUCACUGAUUGAAAGUCAUGUAGGUGGAUCUGUGCUGCUCGAGCUCUUGAAUCAGUUGGAUUCGUGGCCUUCCUUGGCCCUUCAGGUGUUUGAUUGGAGGAGGGAGAAGAAGAAUUCUGGUGUUGACUCCCCAAUGAGUGUAUAUGAGUAUUCUAAGGGCAUAAAAGCUGCAGGUAGAUGUAAAGAUGUUCAUCAUGCCGUUGAGAUCUUUCGAGACGCUGCGAAGAAGGGCAUGAGAACGACCAGCACUUACAAUGCAUUGAUGAGUGCUUUUAUGUUCAAUGGUCUUGCAAAGAUGUGUCACGAGUUGUUCUGUGAUAUGAAGAAGCAUGCAGCUUGUCCUCCUACAAUUGCCACAUACAAUAUUCUCAUAUCUCUUUACUCUCGCUUGGUGCUGGUGGAUUACAUGGAAGAAACAUACCAGGCGAUAAAAGAGUCGGACCUCCAACUCAGUGAGAAUACUUAUAAUUAUUUGAUUGCUGGAUAUAUCUCGGCUUCGAUGUGGCAUGACAUGGAGAGAGUUUUUCAAAUGAUGAAGGGAGGCCCUGUCAAGCCUAACUUGAAAACCCACCUGCUAAUGCUUCGAGGCUAUGGACAAUCAGGUAAUCUGGAGAAGAUGGAAGAGAUGUAUUCUCUAGUAAGGGAUCAUGUAAACAAAAAAGAAAUUCCAUUGAUCAGGGCCAUGAUAUGUGCGUAUUGUAAAAGUUCAGAUUCGGAUAGAGUGAAGAAGGUAGAGGGAUUGCUGAAGCUUAUUCCACAAGAACAUUACAGACCAUGGUUGGACGCCUUGUUGAUUAAGCUCUAUUCCCAGGAGGACUGGUUAGAGGAAAUGGAGAUUACAAUUAAUGAGGCUUUUGAGCGCAGAACCCGGAUAGCCUCAGCAAGUACUAUGAGAUGCAUUACUGCAACUUAUUAUCGGUGUAAUGCAAUAGAAAGGCUAGAAAAUUUUGUGAAACGUGCUGAAUGUGCUGGGUGGAGAAUCUGUCGGUCCUUGUAUCAUUUAGUUAUUGCAGAUGGUGUUGUACAUGUGCAGUCUUUGGGAGAUGAAGGGUCCCCAACACAUUGAGUGCUGCUGUGUUUGCAAAGUUUGAAUAGCACUUUCUUGAUACUUAUACACAGAAGAGUGCAACUCUUGAUCUUUAUGCUGAGUCUAUUUACAACUUGUGAAACCAUGUUGGAAGUUUGGAAGAGCAAGAAGUUGAUAUGGCAACAUCCUUUAUUUAUUUAAUACAUAUUCAUGAAAUUGGAGCUUGCAUUACCAUGCACCAAACAAUCAAUUCUUUGAAUGGCUAUCCCCUUCAAAGCCAUUUGUUUCGAAGCUAAAAUUUGCAAAUUUUUGUCAGCUAAAUUUUGUUGUAGAUGUCCUGAAUUCAUGGGCAGAUUAUGCUUGUAAUAAAUGGUUAGGGUAAAAAAAUUUAAUCCAGACGGUUGAUAUUAUUCUUUUGUAUAAGAGAGAAUUGCAUAUACUUAUUUUUGACU